AUGUAUUUAUUUGUAAUAUUGUUUCUUCCUAUCUUCACUAUUACAUGUUGAUUCCUUCAACAGUGGUACAUGUCUUUUGGGUUAAAUUGAAAGAGUUUGCUGACAUCAUUUUAUUCUUCUCCAUUAUGUCUUUAGAGCAAACUGCCUGUGAAGAUUUGAAAGCAUUUGAGAGGCGUCUAACAGAGGUUAUUGCUCAUCUCAAGCCUGCCACUGUCAGAUGGAGAUUGCUGCUGCUGAUCGCCUCCUCGGCCACAUGUUGGGGUGCGUGGCUGUGGCUGGCAGACCCGCUCACCACGCAGCUGCCCUUCCUGCACUCUCUCCUCAACCAUUACUUCUUCACCAUCGCCACACUCUUCCUUGUGCUGCUGUUCAUGUCUGGCGUCCACCGUAAGGUCAUGGCGCCGUCUAUCAUCGCGUCACGCACGCGGGCCGCUCUCCGGGACUUCAACAUGAGCUGCGAUGACACCGGCAAACUCAUCCUCAAGCCGCGCCCCGCCUGAGCCUCAUACUCUCCUGGAAUUAGCCAAUUGUUCCUUCCCUAUUAUCAUUUAAUGUUUGUUACUUUUUGGUUUAUGGAUAUAUUGGUCGUCGUCAUUGCUAUUCGUAUCUAACGCCUGAUAACUCUAGCUACCGUCUAUAUCAAAAUGGUGAUGGUUGUCUGACAUACAAGUUCGGUCCAAAAUUUCGACUGAUCUGAUGUCGUUCAAAUUUUCCGGCCAUGGGCGAACGACAUUCAUUUCUAUAUUUUUAUUCAUUUGAAGCAUUUCUCUGGUCAUAAAUGUUCACUUCCAGUAGAUCUUUGCGGGUCGUCAACACAUGAGUAAUAUAAUUACUUUAUCGAUUAUUCCUGAUUUAAAGUUUGGUGAAAUUAGUUCCAAUUUUGGUUAGUUAGGGGAAUUAAAUUUAUGUAAUAUAAAUUAUGAAACAUGCGGGGAAUAAUUCCUUGUACCGUAGAUAAUAAUGUGAAGGAGGAUGGAGCUCGAAUUCGUACCAACACUCUACCAACUUUGAUUCGGUGGUGCAUUAGAGGAGGACUUGCGUUCGUCUGUGACAGCGGCUUGCUCUUUGUGGGGUGCUGCUGGGCAUGUUGUGCGAUUCAACUGUACGCAGCAUGAAGGAACAGCAUCGUGACAGCUGCUGCUCUCAGUUCUGAGUGACUGGGCAGGUUAUUUUGUUCAACUGUACGCAGCAUGCGGGAACAGCAUCGUGAUAGCUGCUGCUCUCAGUUUUGUAUGACGGGGCAGGUUGUGCUGUUCAACUCUACCCCGCAUGCUGCCAUCGGUACGCGGCAACGGUACGCGGCAAGUGCUGUUGUCAUCGCCGCGAUACGGCGGCGCUUACGCGACUUGUGAAGCAGCGUGGCCAGAACUUUGGUGCUUUGGUAGGUCUUGUGCACCUACUCAUUACCAUGAAGGAGAAUGAGAAGCUACUUGACAAAUUAUAAAUUUGUAUUGAUUAACAUUCGAGGUACAAUUUACAAAAAAUGAAAACAAGAUUAGUGUCUUUGAUACAGACAUUAUUGCGAAAGAACUAAAAUGAAGCAAAGGAAUUAUUGAGAUCGCAGUGGAUAUUAAAAUGAUUUAGUUUGAUUGACGAAUUUUCUGUUGCUGUGGAAGAAACGUCUUCAAAAUGAAAUCCUGCUUAAUGAAGCUAUAUUAAAAUAGUUCUUUUUGUGGCCUUAUUACCGUUUUAAUUAAACGUUUGCGUUAACUAGAAAGUUUGUGUGUACAUUAUUUUAUUUGAUGUGGUCGUAUAAAGUAAAGGUUAAAUUUAGAGACAUUUUUGCCCGACAUUAAAUAAGAAAAUUUAGAUGACGAGUCGUUGCAUUGGAUGCAGAAAUGUUAUAACUAAGAUUUUUUAAAGCUGUAUUAUCAUUAAUUAAUAAUUUAUUAACAUACAUGUAAUCAUCAAGCGAGAAGAUAGAUCUAUUGUGCACGAGUAAUGAACUUGAUAAGGUACUUCCUAUAAAAAGCUUUAGAUUAGCGAGCGAUUGAGCCAGAAUUUAAUGUGUGUCGGCUUUAGAGCUUCAUUGCACUAGGCUUCAGAUUUGAGGCUACGUACAUGUUAUGUAUGACAGAAUCCUAAUAUCUUUUAUUUCUAAAACAUUUUAUAGACGCAUAUUUUUCAGUUAUAAAUGAGCAAACUUUGAGUGGCAGACUUCUGCUAAUCCUGUGAAGCGUGAAAAGCGCUUUACAAAAAGUAUUCCACAGGUCGUACAGUAUCUUCUGCUGACGCUAUUUCUGUUGGAUUUCAUAGGAAGAUGUAUUAAUGCAACCUUCAUUUGUUUGCAUAUUAUGAACCAGGAGACGUUCCUUGUCUACUGGAAUAUGUUGAUGAAAAAAUGUUUACUGAUGGAAAGACGUUAUUUUUUUUCUAUUAAAAACUUGAGGUCUGACGUUUAACCACUUUUUCAACAGACUGUAACUCUGGUUACCAAGUCUUUACGUACGAAUAGCCUUGCCAGUAGUCACUGUAUCCUUAAGCGAAUAGUCAACAUGUAUAAAUUACUUGCGCAUCUUUAUGGUGGCUGCAACGAGUUUCUUCAAGUUCCUUAAACGUUAUUGGGAACUUAAAAAUUGAAAUAAAAAGCGUCACUUACAACCUAUAUUUCAAUCUAUUUUAUUACAGAUUCGUGAGCUUUCAUUUAACAUUAUCGCUUGGAUCUAGUACGUCGCUACAGAACAACGUGUCUCUUAAUAAGAUUGAAGUUCAAAUUGAUUAAGGCAGAUAAUGCGACCCUAGUAUUGUGAGAGUCGUGCAUAAACAGCUCUGCGUAAUGUGCGUCGAAUCGUGACAAGAAGCUUUGUGUGCACUGAAUUCUGGAUUAAAUUUGCGCUCUGAAAGGUUAAGUAUCUUGCCAUAACUAACUUAACCUGAACCAACACAUGGCCUAUAAGUUGGUUAUCAUUGCAGUGGAGUAAAAAGUGUGACCUGCACGCCGGGGAUCGUAAGUACGAUAGAAAGAUCAGGCGUUAGCAUCCAGCGAGUUGGUGGUGUGUCAUGCUGGCAAGGUUCCAUCUCCUGCUUUAUUUAGGAACACAGACGAGAUAAAUAGGUAAUAGCUAAGAUAAUUUUGUCCUAUUGAAAAGCUCACUUACGAGUUCGUGGGUCAUUAACCCUCUAUCGCCGUAUGUCACUCUCCGGGAACAUAAUU